AGACGACUUCGUUGUGAACGUUUCUGGCCAAGAAGCCGAGCUGGGCAGAACAGCAUCCGCGCUACCGUUACCAAUUCGAAUCCUUUCGAGUCUAUAUUCCAAUCGUGAACAGUGAGCGGUCGAUUCGCGUUUCGCGGCAAAACUCAAUUAACUGCAAAGGAGGACCCAUAUCCACCAGGAGGAGCGUACAGCCAGGAGCCAGGAUGCAGGCGGUGCACAAAUCUGCACACCACAGCAAGCGGCUGAUGCUGCUGCUCUCCAUGCUGCUCAAUGCCGCUCUCCAGCCGCGCUCGUUCGCCGCCAGUGCCACCGAGGACGUUGCCAAUGUGUCGCCCUGCGAGAUGGAGUCCAUAAUAAAUCAACUGAUGAACCCCAGUCCGGAGUACCAGCUACACGCCUCCGCCUUGCGCAACCAACUGAAGAACCUCCUCCGCGAACGCCAGCUGGCCGUGGGCGAGGAGCAGCCGCUGGGCGACUACUCCGACUACGUGGAGGAGGACAAGCGAUCAGUGGCCGCCCUGGCUGCCCAGGGUCUUCUCAACGCCUCGCCCAAGCGUAGCCUCGCCACCCUGGCCAAAAACGGACAGCUGCCCACAGCCGAGCCGGGAGAGGAUUACGCCGACGCAGAUUCCGGAGAGCCUAGCGAGCAGAAGCGGUACAUCGGCUCCCUGGCUCGGGCCGGCGGCCUGAUGACCUACGGAAAGCGCAAUGUGGGCACCCUGGCCCGCGACUUCCAGCUGCCCAUCCCGAACGGAAAACGCAACCUGGCCAUGGUGGCACGCCUGCAGAGUGCUCCCACAGCCCACAGGGAGCAGCCCAAGCGGAAUGUGGCCGCCGUAGCCCGGUAUAACUCCCAGCAGAACCACAACCAGCGGGCCAGUGCUGAGAAGCGGAACCUGGGCGCCCUGAAGUCCUCGCCGGUGCAUGGAGCCCAGCAGAAGCGUGAGGAUGAGGAGAUGCUCCUGCCGGCUGCCGCUCCUGACUACGCCGAUCCCAUGCAGAGCUACUGGUGGUAUCCCAGCUAUGCCGGCUAUGCUGAUCUCGAUUGGAACGACUACCGCCGUGCCGAGAAGCGCUUCCUGGACACCUCCAAGGACCCCGAACUGUUCGGCAUUGAGCACGGCAACGAUGCUGCCCUUCUGCAGGAGGAGGAGGUGGAUGAUCCCGGCAUGACGGCUUCCGGCACGGAGCCGGAGGAGCAAUGGCCGUCGCCCCAGAAACGUCACAUAGGCGCCGUAUACCGCUCCGGGUUCCUGCCCAGCUACCGCUACCUGCGCAGCCCCACCCCCGGCGGUGGCUAUGGAGGCGGGGCCGGGGGGCGUUUCAGUCGCUCGGGACGUGACGCCAGGCAAUUUGUCGGGUACUUCCCCCAACACGAGCGACUGCGUCAACCCACCGCAGCCGGUUGUAAGCAGUGUUUCCUCCCCAACCACCAACCGAUGAUCACCUGGAGCGGUGCUGGCGUACGCGGCCGUCUGUCCAGGCUCGCCCCCAGCAGGACCGAGCACUUCCGCAGCUUCUCGAGCAAUCACCUGCCCACAGGAGGAUCUCCGCGAUCGCUCCUCCGAUCGGGGGCGCCCUUGUAUCCGCCCUUCCACGCCUGGGGCACACCGCCGCGUAUCACAGCACUGCAUCGACGCGAAUUUCGCCGCAACAUGGACAAUUACGAAUACUAAUAAUAUCGACAAUAUACUCUUUACGCGAAUUAUGCGAUACCGAUUUAAAUAAUACCGUUUACCGGAGGAAAGUAACGUAGAACUAUGCCGUAAUAUACACUAAUGUAGAUCCCUAAAUUAUUGAUGUCACGAUAUACACCUGCUGCGCACCCAACUACCGGAGAAGGCCGGCGACUCGGAGGACUCGACGGCUGUAGUUGGGGAUGCGUCCACUCAAUAUCAGUACCAUUAGGUAUCUCUCUAUUUGUAUCUCAAUGUAUAAACUAUUUCUAUCCAAAACUGAAGUAACUGAUAUCAGUGCAAAGAACGGGAGAACGAUUAUAUCAGAGCAAGUCAUAUCGUCUCUUAAUUUGGAACUCUCGAAGGAAAAUAUCAAAUUAGUGCCAAUGUUGUACCUUAAAAAGGAGUCAGAGAACCCCCUCUCCUGCAUGCGGAUCCAGUCCUGCUCCCCCCCAAACUUAGAUUCCUCCCCUCGAUCCCUCUAUUAACUCUUUAUGUGUGUGUAUGACAAUAAAUAAAUGUUACACCUCGUCCAAAUACCAAAUACCAAAUACGAAAUACUUACAACUUCCACCUUCGAUCUUACAUACGAGAGUGUUAUCAUACUGCGUCAAAGACAAUAAUUAUUGGUGAGAAUUAUCAAAUGAAUAUAUCGAUUUAUAUAUACAUAUAUAUACAUACCUGUAUUUCAGACAAUAAAUAAAGUGUUUGUUCCUACAAUUCAAGAAUA